AUGUCGGUUGAGACAUCUGUUCCACAAAUUGAUUUUGUACCUGCAGCAGCUGAAGACUAUGAAGAAGUGAUGUCCAUCUCUGGUGGGAUAUACAACGGAACGGACUAUCUGCCUUUCAUGUACCAUAAAUGGCUGGAGGAACCCCAGAGAAGAAUGUUUCUUGGCAAGUGUGAGGGGAAAGUGGUGGUCUUUGAGUCAUUCAUACUAGUCGAUGAUGGAACUACUGCUGUGGUGGAAGGUCUUCGGGUAGCCCCCUGGAUAAGAGGACGUGGGGUGGCUGGAUUGAUUCAGAGGUUUUGCUUGGAUACUCUGCAUUCUGACCACCCGGAGGUUAAAAUAAUUCGACUGACCCGGCCAGAGAAUCCGCCAACUGCUAUGUUGACUAAAUACAAAGUGAUCAACUCUAAGGCUGUGAUGUCUCUAUUCCUUCCUAUUGAUCAAUUGGAAAUGAAACUUAAGUUACUGGAAUCUCGAAUUAACAAUUUGGACAGCUCCAAAGACCUAUCUGUUCUGGAACCAAAAGAAAUUCUCGGAUUCUUUGAGGAGUCUAAAACAAGACAACAACUGCUUCCUAGUGGUUUACUUGUUCAAGGCUGGCUUCCUCUUACCACUGCUAAGUCCAACCUAAAUCUUAUACUGAAACGACAGAUUGUCUGGAUUUAUUCUCAUCCUGGGGAUUUGAUUAGCACAGUUUCUUCUUCUAAGGUCACAACCAGCUGUGAUGGUACCCAUGCCUAUCUAGAAGGAUUUCUCAGCCUUGGUACCCCUCCAUAUCCAGUGCCUUUUGCAGGGGGAGUACACCGUCUAGAUAUUGACAUGUUUGGAAAUGACCCAUCUUGUGCCAAGGUCCAUGUUGUAGAGCAGUUGAAGAUUGGAGUACAAGCAUCACCGGCAGGGAGCAGUAUAAUCUGUAUGAUAUAUGCAGAUGAGAGUCUCCGAACUGAGCUUGGCCAACUGUGUGAAGGGCUGACUCCAUUCCAUUUCUCAAGGGAACAGAUGAUAAUGGAAAUGGAGAUCUAG